AUGUUAAGUGAACAGGCCCCUCCGCCAUGGCUAACCACGGCAAUUCGUUCGCUUCAAGAACAAUACCCAGAUGACAAGUUCGAAGCAAUCCUACGUCGAGCUCCCCCGCGUACUGUAUUAGAGUGGAGGAUGAAAUGUCUGGAUUGCCCCGGCAAGUUAUAUAACUCUGGGCCUGGGGAUACGCUGCAGAACUAUGAAGUCCAUCUCAGAAACCGACAACAUCGCUUACGGGUGAACUCCCGCCUGACGCAGGCGCCAGCAUCAUAA